AUCGAUGGGGUCACACUUAAAAUCAUAUAUUUACUACUUUGUGUUCCAAGAAUUUAAGUUAAGAUUGGUCCAUCGCGUACUGCAAUUGCAAUUUCUGAAAAGUAUUGCGUUCAUGUUAUUAUUCAAAUUUCCUAGACCAUUUGAUAACAAUGAGUAAAGUUCGUUAUCAGCGUCCCCUUAAUUUUGAGAAAUCUCCCGAAACUGAUGGUGAACUCAGAAAACGUCAGGAAAUAGAAAGACUUAUUGAACAAAGCGUCGACCAGCAUCUUGCGUUGGAUGUGCUUGUAAAGUUGUCCGUGACGCCUCACGGAUUGGUCAACGACCAUUUGCGCAGAAUUUUGUGGCCGCAAUUGGCAGGUGUCGACGUAAACAUCUUAGAACAAGCUCCAGCUCUCGACAAGUUGCAACACCACCCUGAAUAUAAUCAGGUUGUAUUGGAUGUAAAUCGCUCUUUAAAGAGAUUUCCACCUGGUAUUCCAUAUGAACAACGCAUUGCACUGCAAGAUCAACUUACUGUUCUGAUAUUACGUGUAAUCCAUAAGUACCCCAAUUUGAGGUAUUAUCAAGGUUAUCACGAUGUCGCUGUCACGUUUCUGUUGGUGGUUGGCGAAGAAAUAGCUUAUGCCAUAAUGGAGCACCUCUCCAAAACGCAUUUUUCCGAAUGUAUGCAGGAGACGAUGGAAGCCACUCAGAGACGGCUUAUGUUUAUUUGGCCUGUCAUAAAGUUUGAAAAUCCAGAACUUUAUAAGUUUUUGCAAAGAUCAACGGUCGGAACUUUAUUCGCGUUGCCUUGGUAUUUGACUUGGUUUGGACACAGUUUAAAUUCCUACAAAGCUGUAGUCCGUUUAUAUGACUAUUUUUUAGCAUCGCCUAUUUAUACACCUAUAUUUGUAACAGCUGCGAUUCUACUGUAUCGGUCAAAUGAAAUACUGAAAGAGGACUGUGAUAUGGCAUCAGUGCAUUGUCUUUUAUCAACGCUACCAGAAGAUUUGCCCUUUGAAGAGCUUUUAAAAACUUCGAACAAACUUAUGAAUAAGUAUAGCUUAACAGUAGUAGAGCAAGAUGUUGAAAAACUUAUUUACCAAGAAAAAAAACAGCGGACAGCUGAGGAAAACAUGGUCAUAGAACGACGGCGGAAGAUACCUGGGCCAGCCACAGCAAAUCAAAUUUCUAGCAUAAGCCAAUUGCUUACAAAUAUGUUUACUUCAAAGUCGGUGAUAUUUACAACUGCGAUUUCUAUUGUAGUAGGUGUAUGUGCAUAUUAUUACAAGAAUCAGUACUUGGCGGCAGGUAUAAGCUGAGUUUUAACUGCUUAUUCUUGUCUUCAUUUAAA